AUGAGGAGGUAUGACGGCACAGGCGAUCCCCAGGAGCACGUCCUGACAUACCAGGCGGCUAUGAUGCCCAUGGGGUCAUCGGACGCCUUGAUGUGUUGCGCGUUCUUCUCUACGUUGUCAGGGGGGGCGCAGCGAUUGUUCACGAACCUGAAAGGCGGCUCGCUGGGCUCGUUCCAAGAUCUGGCCACCGGGUUCAUUACCGACUUCCUGAGAGGGAGGAGGCGCAAGAAGCAUUUCACGCAUCUCGCUAGCGUCAAGCAAGGGGAGGAUGAAACCCUUACCGAGUUCCUUGCGCGGUGGAGGAAGGAGGAAGCCGAAGGAGAGGACAUGGAUGACCGGUCCGCGAUGGUCAUGUUCAUCGCAGCCCUCCGUGCCGGGGAACUAUGCAAGAGCCUCCGCCGCAAGGCCCCCGGGUCGUACGCGACCUUGAUGAUGAAGGCAGACCGGUAUGCCGAAGCUGAAGAGGCCAACCGCAUGAAGCGUCUAGAAGAACACAACAGUAGCAAGAAGCCGCAGCUCGAGGAACCACCACACCCCAAGAAGCGGACUAAUUACUUGCAGGAGGGUCUGGAGGAUAGGAAGGCAUGGAGAAAAGAGUUAGAGAUCCUCAUACAAGCAGGAAAGUUGACGAAUUUCAUAGACUGGGAGCGGCUGGCUGCGAGAAGCGCUAGGCGCUUGACGGUUGGGCCUGCAGGGGAGGCUAAGGAAAACUCGACUGACUUUAGGGAAGGCCCGGGAAAGCGCCCAGUGUUCAAUGUCAUCUUUGGAGGAGGGGCCCCGAGGGAAGAUGGAGGCAGUUAUGUAUGUGCAGUGGACGAACACCCCCAGUUGAAAAGGCCCCGUCGGGAACCGAUUUGGUUUUUUGACAACGACUUGCCAGCAAGGGAGACUACCUCGAAGGACGCGCUCGUAGUCGCCAUGAUGGUCAACGGGGUCUGCGUCAUGCGUGUGCUUGUGGACACGGGGAGCAGUGUCAACGUGAUGUAUCAUGACGUCUUCGUAAAGUUAGGGCUGAGCGAGGAUCAGCUCCGACCAGUGAGGACGCCACUGGCUGGUUUCACUGGAGACACCAUAGAGAUAGAGGGGUCGAUAGUGCUCCCCGUGGAGAUCGGCAGCCCCCCGCACGUGAGAAAAGUGGACAUGCAAUUCCUUGUGGUCAGGAUAGUAUGCGCCCAUAACCUCAUCUUAGGGAGGCCUGGGCUGGCAGGGUUGGGCGGACUUAUUUCAAUGGAGCAUUUAUGUUUGAAAUUCCACACCCCUGGGGGAGUGGGGACGGUAUGGGGUGAUCAGCACCUUGCCUGA